AUGGACUUUCUUCGAGGGCUUUUCCAGCCACAACAGCACCUGGAUGACCCCAUUUCUCAAGUCGAGCAACUCAAUCUACUUGCAGAAAAAUCAUAUACCAGAUAUCUAUACACCCAGUCUCUGGGUGACCUGAACAGAAGCAUCGGUUACUAUCGACAAGCGGUUGAGCGUAUUCCAAGUUCAUAUCCUUCUGAACAUGCCGGGUUGUUGAAUAACAUGGCUUCCCGCCUGCGCGAUAAAUACGACCGAACAACAAUGAUAAUAGACUUGGAUGCUGCUUGCCAGUCAUUUCGCAAGGCAAUCGAGUUGGCGCCUCCUACUUAUGUUCAGCGUGGUGCUCUUUUCAGCAACCUAGGCAUCCAACUUGGUGAAAAAUACAGGCAGACAGGUCAGAUAAAGCACUUAGAAGAGGCUAUUAGGGUUUCCCGAGAAGCCAUUACGUGCACUCCUGAGUCGGACCCUGAUCGGUCUGCAUUUCUAUGCAACCUUGGACAUCGUCUUGGGCAAUAUUAUUCCGCUGCUGGUAAAAGAGAAGUCUUGGACGAAGCUGUCAAGACUUUCCGAACUGCCAAUUCGUCCGCACCUGAAGGUUAUAUAAACCGGCACGCGAUAUUGAUUAGCUUGGCAUUACAAUUGGGAGAGCGAUACACAGUGGAAGGAAAUGUGGAGGACCUCAACGAGGCAAUCGUAGCUGCAAGACAAGCUGUUGAUCACACAGAGGCGAAACAUCCCGAGCGAGGCGACAGACUGGGUACCCUUGCAGACCUACUAUAUUACAGAUUUAAUCGAACCGGAGUUCCACCUCAAUCCCAAAAUGGCAGAGCUGGACAUCUUAAUAAUCUCGCCAAUCUACUUCUUGCAAGAAACACCAGGUCAGGAGCACUAUCGGAUUUGAUAGAAGCCAGAGACCUCAUCAAACAGGGCAUCAAAGACACGCCAAAGACCAAUGUUUAUAGGGGAGCGAUGCAGGCUACACUUGCUACAAUACUCGGAACCAAAGCUGUCCAGACCGGAAAGAGCAAUGACCUAGACGAAGCCAUACAGGUCGCACGCCAGGUUCUUCAAGUUGUACCAACUGCUCAUCCUGAGCGAGUUCGAUAUCUACACAACUUGGCAACUUUACUAAGGAUGAGAUACUCUCAGUUGAUGAAAGUCACAGACCUCAAAGACGCUAUCAAAAUGGCUCAGAGGGCUAUUGAGGCAGCUCCGGCUGAAUUUCCUGACCGAGCGUCAUUGUUGAGUAACCUCGGUACACAUUUAGCAGAAAGCUACUCCCAGACCAAUAUUCCGAAAGAAUUAGAAGAGGCAAAGAAAUGCUUUACUUCUGCUAUCUAUCACAAAGCAUCACCUACACUGAGUCGUGUCACCGCCGGUCGCUACUUCUUGCUAUUGCCAGAUAUACUUGCAGACUUGGACCAAGCCUACAAUAUCGCCAAAUUCACUGUCGAAUUGAUCCCUCUUUUGAAUUCGCGUUCUAUACAAAACAUUGAUAGGCAGACUUUGUUAAUGCAAGCUGUUGCUAUUGCAUCUGACGCAGCGGCUGUUGCAUUGCUGAACAAUCGAAGCACAAUUGAUGCUGUUCAGUUGCUCGAAACUGGACGCAACAUCAUUGCAAGUUCGUUACAAGAUCUGCGGACUGACUUAUCCAUGCUUCAGAAAGAGCACCCAGACUUGGCCAGAAGAUUUGUUCAGCUUCGUGGGCAGCUUGAUGUACCUGCUGCCAAGACCAGCAUUACAGAGCGCGACAAACCUAGACAACCUUCGCGUGAAGCAGAAAGAAUGCAUGACAAAGAGGAGCAAUUAAAAAUCCUUCUGGAAGAUAUUCGAACUCAACCUGGCUUUGAGGCCUUCUUGCUUGCUCCAUCUGCUGAAGAUUUGUUGGCAGCGGCAAGGGAUGGACCAGUUGUGAUUAUAAACAUUAGCCAAUUCGGUUGCCACGCCUUGAUUAUCGAACCAUCAGGGGCACGUACUGUGCCUUUACCCGUUCUGUCCUGGGGUGACAUCCAUCGUCGCGACCGCGGCUCGCUCGAGACUCUAGAGUGGCUCUGGAAUGUUAUCGUGUCACCUGUCCUCGAUGCCAUGGGCAUUGUCAAGACACUUGUAGAUAACAAUUGGUCUCACGUAUGGUGGAUUCCGACAGGACGACUUGUUGGGUUUCCACUUCACGCUACUGGAUGCCACUUGGGUAAAGGUGAAAAGACGGCUCUUGAUAGAGUAGUUUCAUCUUACAGUCCAUCAGUAAAGACGCUUAUUCACAGCCGACGCCAGCACAUUCCGAUGCGCCAGGAGCAAAAGGGUAAUGAAGACCUUAUUCUAGUAGCAAUGGAGAGUACACCCGAACAGGGCCAUCUCGACCACGCAGUCAAAGAGAUCCAAGUUAUCUGCGAUGUUACAAAGGGUUCGGACAUAAUAUCACCCAAAGAGCCAUUAACUUACAAGAAAGACGUUUUGUCAACUUUGAGAUCUUGUUCCAUUUUCCAUUUCGCAGGUCACGGAGGGACCAACUCCCUGAACCCAUUGGAAAGUCGUAUUUUGCUUUCAGAUUGGAAAGAUGAUCCUUUAUCGGUAGAAAACAUUCUGGACAUGAAUCUUGGCAGAGAGAUGCCGUUUCUCGCCUACCUAUCUGCAUGUGGAACAAGCAGAAUUCGGACCGCAGGCUUCGUUGACGAGGCCAUCCACAUGACAAGUGCUUUCCAGCUGGCGGGAUUUCAGCAUGUUAUCGGAACACUGUGGGAUGUGAAUGAUCGAACGUGUGUUGACAUGGACAGGAUCACUUAUGAUGGGCUGUUGAAGGAGGGCAUGAGCCAUGAGUCUGUGAGUAGAAGUCUUCACAGGGCGUCACGUGAGUUGCGGAGUCGAUGGAUUGAAGCUGAGAUGGCACAAGAUGGACAUAGACGAGCACGGGAUAUCGUCGCAGUGGACGAAGAAUCUGAUAUUAGGCCUUUGUGGGUGCCCUACGUUCAUUACGGUAUAUGA